AUGUCCGAAGUCUUACAAAUAAUCAUGCCCACUGUUCGAGAAAUAGAACAGUUUAACGUUGAUGAGCUAGCAAGUAAUAUCUCAAAGGACAGUAGAUGCUUAAAUGCAUUUUUUGUAUAUCGAAAAGAAUUUACGAAACGGGCCAUAGCCAACGGCAUAAAAAUGAAAAUGACCGAAAUUUCUAAGCUAGCAGCUCACGCUUGGAGGAACGAAAAGCCGAAAGUUAAAAAAGCCUACGUAGCUGUUUCAAGAAGAAUUGACACUGCACUACAAAAAAGACGACAAAAAGAUAGAACUUAUCAAAUUGUUUUUGAUGUGAACAUGACAAGAUCCCAAAUUACCAUGCCAGAGGAACCAAUUUCAGAACCAAACUCAGAACCGAACUCUGAACCAAAUUCACCCAUAUUGAUCCAACCUAGUGGUCCUUUGGUUUUGGAUACUUCGUCCUUAUUCUCUGGUUACCAGGAACCCUCGAAUAUGUUCGAGUCAUCUUUUGGUACAAAUGUGUUUGAAUCUUCCUCCAAUACAAAUAUGUUCGGGUCCUCAUUUGGUACAAAUAUGUCAUUUGAAACAAAUCUGUUCAAGCCUUCAUUUGAUACCAAUAUGUUCGAUUGGUCUUUAACCGUCGAUCAAAUCAUUGAUUCUUAUCUAGAAUAUCAAUG